AAAACUCAUCUAUUUAGCUUGGAAAGGGGUGAAUAAAACGCUGAAUAAACUGCUCUUACAUAUUUUAAUCGUGAACAGCCUUAAUAUGUAAAAGAACGAUGAAGACCGAGAAUUUACCAGACAAGGAUGAUCGACUUGUUUAUUCUCCUUCGCGUCAUUCACACAAUUGCACACAGGCACGAAACAGCACAUGUUCAGAUCCCAGCAACCGGCCUUGUUAUGCAAAUUUGCAGUUCCUGAUUUCUCUUAUUCAAGUUGUGAGCUCCUUUAUCUUUCAUCGGUAAAGUUUAUUAUUUUUUAAAGUCAUGAAGCAUUAUUUCGGAUUAUUUUUUUCAAUCUUGAUUGGUGUUUGUGUUUUUAACGAGAAUUCAGCAACCGUGCUUUCAGCGCGAUGCAAAAGUCGGUGCCUAGCGAAGGAGAUCCAAAGAUAUAGGAAUGUCACUGCAGUUCCUGAAUGUAUCACACAAGACUGUUCAGCGUGUAUGAAACCAUGCCAGGAUCAGGAAAAGAAAGGAAUUCUCUCCUGUUCAAUUUUAUGUGGAUCAGGUGCACAUGUGAAAAGAAGAAAUAUUUGCAAAGAUUCAUGCAAAUUUAUGAAACAUUUGCAUUUGGAAGAUCAUGGUAAUUCCUCUUGCCCAACUGGAGUAGCAGAGAGUAAAUGUGAGUUAAUGAGGCCUGAAAAUGUCCAAGUUUCACCUCCAAAAACAAAAAAGGAAUCCAGAAAAGUUACGUGGAAUGGAACGUGGCCUCCUGAGACAGUCUUCAUAAUUUUUGAACGGUGGCAUAAAAAAGGAAUGUCAGCGGCCCAAGGUACCUCACAGGGUUGGAGAGAAUUUAAACAGACCAUCCUACAGUCCAUAACAGUGGAGCUUCAGCCCCUGGUUUGGCAUCAAUUCAAAGUUUUAGCAGCUAAUCAGUACACCACAAGCUCAUUUAGUUUACCAAGUAAACUGGAAUUUGCUGAGCUUAGGAGCCCAGGUCCCCCAAGGGAGUUCCGUGUACUGUCCAUGAGAACAGUCAAGGGGCAUGCUGAAGUGGACAUUUCAUGGAGGAAGCCUGAAAGCAACAAUGGUUUGCCUAUCCAUAAAUACAAGUUAUCUUGGAGUAUGAGGCCAGACAUCCUUUUAGAUCAAUAUGAAUCUUUUGAAGUGUCAGAACAACGCAUAAAGGGCAACAUCCACCAAUAUUCAAUCAAUGGGCUACAGCCCAACACAACUUAUCUUCUUGAGAUUCAAGCAAUUUUACGCUUGAAUACAAAGAGGGUGAGAAGCUCCCGUGUUACCCUGACAGUUCGGACACCAGCUUUAGCAAAAGUAUCAAAGAAGAAAACUAAGGUGGCAAAAAAUUCAAUUUCAAGUUCAACAAAAUCUACAAAUGGAAAAAUGGCUGUAGUCUCGAAACCAACAAUACAGGGACCUAAUUCAAAAAGCAUUUAUGUUUCAACUCCCCCAUCACAAGCCUCAACUCCUCAAAGAAAUGGAACAGAAUCCUCAAAUCUGAAAGUACAAAAAAGUGUGGCUGUUUUAAUUAAUGUACUAGGGCUACAUACAGAUAUAUUGAUAGCCUUAGUGGUUAUAAUAAUGUGCUACCUUUGAGCAACAAUAUUAGCUUCUACACCGGUCGAUCUGAAAUUUUAAUUUCUCUCUUCCCACUCAUCCUUGUGAAACAUUCUGAAAAGCAACGUUUUCUAGGAAUAUUAACUGUAUGAGAUCUUAAGACACACUUGGAAACCUUUUAAUCUGUUACUUUUCAUAAAUGUCUCCAGUGACAUCAAAUUGAAUGCAUGGGGCAAAUCAGCAUAAAAUAUUGCAGUUACAAAUUGAUCGGUGCAUAAUUAAUGCUUAUUGCAAAAAAAAAAGAUGGAGUUUCAUAUAAAUCAUAAUUCAACAGUGAAUCUUCAAGCAAUUUGGCAUUCAAGAUGAUUAAUAUGCGGUGUUUUAAUUGAGAUUCACAAUAAGGAAAGGGAUAUUUAAUUGGGAUAUUAAGAAGGAGGGGAUUCUUUAAUAAUAAUUAUUAUUGUUUUUGUCAUUUGAGAAAUGUUAAGAUACAAUUCAGAGUUGGACUGACUGGAUGCAGACCAUGUAAAUAAUUGCUACGGUUUAUAUUCUUUAGUUAACUAGAAACAUAGUUUCAAAAUAUUUUUAUAUUUAUGAUCCAGUCAGAAAAUUAUAUUUUAAUGUUUGGUUUCAGGAAUUUUGAUACAACUUUAUUUCAUCUAAAAUUUUGAGACAAAGAAUACAAAAAUACACAUGUACACAUGUAUCUUUAUUUAAAAUUGAAAUGGAAAUGGUUCUUCAAUUUCUUGGUCUGACAGCUGUCUCACACUGUCAUUAAAUUGCUCUUAAAAGUUGGUUUAAAGCAAAAUCAACCAGGAUGUUUACCUUCAAAACCUCUUCACUUCCAAGUGCGUGAUGUUAACCUUUAAUUUGCUUUUUUACCACUUGCCGUGUGGUUGUGGCAUUUUAAGUCCGUUCUGAGAAGUUCAUGGUACACCAAGACCAAUAAGUAAUGAGAAAGUAUAUCUUGAUCAUUCGUGAUAGCAAAAGUUAUAUAAUUAUAUUUCACGAAAUUAAAUAAUUUCAAAGCUAUCAUGAUUGAGGUUAUCAUCUACGUUUUAUUAAUUUUAGAAAACACCCUGAACAAAGCAUUUGCUAAAUGCCAUAUACUCAGUAGAACAUAGAACUAGCGUGAGCUUUUGAACUAAUGAUGGUGCAAGCAAAGAGAAUUUACACUUUGACAAUCAAAGUAAAAAUGCGAGUUUCCUUUCUUUUUCUCAGUUGCAGUGUAUUCUUAAAGGAAUGGAAAACAUAUUUCCUCUGUUUCUAUCGAGUUACAUUAGAAACACUAGGGAAAGUUUGGAAGAACUCAAAAAUGCUGCGGAAACACUUGCCUGUGACUUGUGCUCCCAGUAUUGCGUGUUCUCCCAAACUUCCACUAGUGUCACUAAUUGACAAAUUGACGUCAGUUUUUUUAUGCAUCUGUCCU